AUGUCAAUUUUGAUGUUUUCAAAUUCAAUAUUUGUAAGAUCCACGAAAACUCUCUCGAAUAUUUUUGAUUUUCGCUUUGCAAUUAAAUUUUAUAAUCAUAACCUUCCUUUCACAAAUUAUAGAUACCUGAAUACCACUUCCGUUAUGUCUAAGUCAGCACUAGUAAUUUUAGCCCAAGGGGCGGAAGAAAUGGAGACAGUCAUCACUGUAGAUAUGCUGCGAAGAGGAGGUGUUACUGUCACUUUGGCUGGUCUAGAUAGCAACACCCCAGUCUUGUGUUCACGUCAGGUCACUCUUGUUCCUGACAAAUCUUUAACAGAUGCACUGGCUGAAAACCCCCAAUAUGAUGCAGUAAUCCUUCCAGGUGGAUUAGAGGGAUCUGAUCGCCUGUCAAAAUCAAGUGUUGUUGGUACUCUUCUUAAAGAGCAUGAGAAGAACGGAAAAAUAGUGGCUGCAAUAUGUGCUGCACCUACAGCUUUCGUGGCUCACGGCGUCGCAAAAGGAAAGCGUUUGACAUCCUAUCCUUCAACUAAGGACAAAAUAACUUCAGACUAUGAAUAUGUUGAAGGCGAGAGAGUUGUAGUAGAUGGCAACAUUGUAACAAGCCGGGGUCCUGGCACAGCAUACUGGUUUGGACUGAAGUUGAUUGAAAUGUUAACUGGAAAGGAAAAAUCUGAUCAAGUUGAAAAAGGCAUGAUCAUUACUGGCUAU